GCCCCGCCCCGGGUUCGGGCGCGAAGUCACGUGAGCGGCAAUGUUGCAGCGGGCGCGGACAUGGUUGCUACAAUGUGUCAGGGCAGCAGCCUGGCCCUGGGGCUGGCGCUGGCACUGGGGCUGGCACUAGGACUGAGGCCACCCCAGCCCUCGCUGCCGCCGCCGGCGCCCUCCCGGAGCUGCUCCGUGGUGCUGGACGAGGCCUCGGGCCAGCUCAAGGUGGUGGAGGGCGCCCAGGCCGGGGCUGUCGCCUGGGCCAACCUCACCAACGCCAUCGGAGAGACCGGGUGGGCCUUCCUGAGUUUGCACACCAAUGGGCAGUACAGCGAUGCGCUGCAGGCUUAUGCCGCUGGGGUGGUGGAGGCAGCCGUGUCCGCAGAGCUCAUCUACAUGCACUGGAUGAACACGGUGGUGGACUACUGCGGCCCCUUCAAGUACGAGACCACCUACUGCGAGAAGCUCAAGAGCUACAUCGAGAUGAACCUGGCGUGGAUGCAGAAGCAGAUGGCGUCGGGCAAGGACGCCGAGUACUGGCACCAGGUGGAGCUCGCCCUCCUGCAGCUGAAGGGGCUGGAGGACAGCUACCAGGGCCGCAUAGCUUUCCCAUCCAAGAACUUCACCAUCACCCCCUUCGGGUUCCUCUUGUUCCAGCUGUCGGGGGACUUGGAGGACCUGGAGCCGGCCCUGAACAAGACGGCCCAUAGGCGAGUGAUGGGCUCGGGCUCCUGCUCGGCCCUCAUCAAGCUGCUGCCCAACAGGAAGGAGCUGCUGGUGUCGCAUGAUACCUGGAGUUCCUACCAGCACAUGCUCCGCAUCAUCAAGAAGUACAAGUUCCACUUCCGGACGCUGCCCCAAGGGGAGGCGCCGCUGAUUCCGGGGAACGAGCAGGUCUUCUCGUCCUACCCUGGAACCAUCUUCUCCUGUGAUGACUUCUAUAUCUUGGGCAGUCGGUUGGUGACCCUGGAGACCACCAUCGGCAACUACAACGCCGACCUCUGGAAGUACGUCACGCCGCAGAACAGCGUCCUCGAGUGGCUGCGAAACCUCGUGGCCAACCGGCUGGCCCGGGACGGGGCCGCGUGGGCCGACCUCUUCAAGAGGUUCAACAGCGGCACCUACAACAACCAGUGGAUGAUCGUCGACUACAACGCCUUUACUCCUGGACAGGCCGAGCCCACAAGGGGCCUCCUCACUGUCCUCGAGCAGAUCCCGGGCAUGGUGGUCGUGGCCGACAGGACCGAGGAGCUGUACGAGAAAGGCUACUGGGCCAGCUACAACCUACCGUAUUUUGAGUCGGUGUUCAAUGCCAGUGGGAUGCCUGACCUGGUGAAGAAGUUUGGGGACUGGUUCUCCUACAAGAAGAGCCCCCGAGCCCGGAUCUUUGAACGCAACCAGUCCCUGGUGCAUGACAUGGACUCCAUGAUCCGGCUUAUGAGGUUCAACAACUUCCCGCACGACCCGCUGUCCCGCUGUGAGAAGUGCACGCCGCUGCAGAAUGGAGAGAACGCCAUCUCGGCGCGCUCCGACCUCAACCCGGCCAACGGCACGUACCCCUUCUCCGCCCUCUCGCAGAGGUCCCACGGAGGCAUCGACAUGAAGGUCACUUCCUGUGGGCUGUCCAAGGACUUGGGCCUCCUCGCCGUCAGUGGGCCCACGUGGGACGAGCUGCCCCCCUUCCGGUGGAGCUCGUCGCCCUUCGACAAGCUGCUGCACAUGGGCCACCCGGACCUGUGGAAGUUCUCCCCCGUCAAGGUGUGGUGGGAGUGAGGCUGGGGACCGGCUCCUCCGGCUCCGGCCCUCAGACGCUUGGCUCCUCCUCUCCCCGCCGUCCGUGUGGCCCCGGAGGGCCGGAGGGCCGCGCUCCCUCCGCUUGCUGCUGCUCUGCCUUGUCCAAAGAGGUCCCGGUGGCCUGAGGGGCUUCUCCCAAGCCGGGCGGGCUUGGCCGGAGAAAGAAGGGAGGGGAGGGGCGCGCCGGACUCGGAGGGGCCCCUUCCUGCCUCCCCCAGACCCCUCUCCUCCCCCCUGGGCUCUGUGACUGAGACGCUCUCGGCCUCCUCCACUGGAUGGUCCUUCAGGAACAAAUUGGGAAACCCCCUGACUUCCCCCACCUACGCCAGGCCUUCCCCUUGGCUUUGGGGGCCCUGGCUGGGGGCCCCUCCCUUUCCUCUGCUUGCCGGGGCGGCUGCCCGGGCCUUUGCCCACCGUGCCCUAUCGGGAUCUCUGGCAGGGGCGCCGAGGCUCGGGCUCAGCCCUCUCACUGGCCGGCCUCGGGGUGGGGAGGAGGGCUCGCCUCGCCGAGAGGGAUGGGCGGGGGCUCCGCUGUCCCCAGGGAGAGGGCCGUGCUCAGGCUGCAGGGGCCAGGCCACCGACGCACAUUAAAAGGCAGAGACUCGAUCCCCUCCAGCCCUGCUCUGCUUCUUGGAGGCGCUAGGAAUGGGCUGGGGCUCCUGGGAAUGAGAAGGGCAGCGAGGGAGGCCCCCGUCCUCCCCGACCCUCCACAGCCCAGACGACCAGGCUGGGGCGCCCCCCCCCCCGGGCCUUUCCUUUUGUGACGUCAGACGCGUCGCCUCGUUUUCUCGGGCCUCAGUUUCCUCAUCUGAAAAACAGGGCGGGGGACGGGCGGCUUUUCCUGCCCCUUCCCUCUCGGGGGACCGAGUGACCCGCAGGCCACGGAGGGGUGCUCUGGGGGCUGCAUCGGAUAGAAUUCAGGAGGUUUGGAGAAGAGAAGGCAGAGAGGGAGCCCCGCGCUGAGUCUGGAGUUGUAAGAGUACAGGUGCUAAUGCCCUCGUGCCCUUGUACCCCGAUGCCGAGAGCACAGAGGAAUGAAUAAAGGACGAUGUGCUUCUGAAAGGCUUUGCUCUGUGCCCAGCCCUGUGGGGACGAGUCACGGCUAACUUCCUGGUAGGCUUCUUCAGCUUUGGGAUUCUCAGAGCAGCUCUGCGAGGUAGGUGCUCCGCUUAUGCCCAUUUUGCAGAUGAAGAAACUGAGGCAGAGGUUAAGUGACUGGCCCACAGCCCCUCAGUUCCUGAGUGUUUGAGUCCUGAUCCCAAGGCUGUUGUUCUCUCUGACAUCUGUAUGCCUAAGACGAAGUAGAAAAGACAGUCCCUUAGCUGCAGGGUGAAGUGGAAGGCCUGCUGGUUAUUGGGGUUCAGGGUGCAAAGCCCAGGGGCUCUUGGGGUGCACUGGCAAACCAGAUGUGGCCACUGCCUGGGAAAAUGGAGUUCUGGAGGAUUUCGGGGUGUCGGGGGAGGCCAGACGGUUAUACAGAGACAGAGGAGGGUGUAUGUUGGGGGGAUCCCUGGAGGGCGUAGCCCAGAAUAGUGGAACCAGGGCUCUCCUGGGGUCCCAUCUGAGGCGGGGAGGAUUAUGGGGGCCACGCCCAGCAUCCAUCCCAGGCAGUAAGUAAGCAUUAAGUACCUACUGUGUGCUAACUCCUGGGGUGCCAAGAAAGGUAUAUGACAGUUGCCUUUGAGGCCGGUAAUCCAAGGGGGGAAGAUAACCUGCAAAUACCAUGGAGAAACAAGCUCUAGGCUGGACAAUGGGGGGGAAACGACAGGGAAGAUACUAGCAUUGAGGCGAUCAGGGAAGGCUUCCUGUAGGAGGAGAGAUUUUAGCUGGAACUUCAGGGAAGCCAAGAGGCAGAAAGGAAGGAGAAGCCGAGAAGGGGCCACGAGUGGGAGUGCUGGAAGGCUAGCCAUUCCUCCGGGACUCCUGUAGCCUCUGAACAUACCCACUCACCAAAUGCUCAUUUCUUUGAUUAAUGCAAUUUAGAAUUCGAAGGAACUUCAACUGGUACUUUGGAUAGAGUGCUGACCUGGAGGCAGGAAGGCCUGGGCUCAAACCCUACCUCAGACACUUACAGCUUGGACAAGUCACUGCAUCUCUGUCCGCCUCAGUUUCACCAUCUGUAAAAUGGGGAUAAUGAUAGUCUCGAACUCCCACAAUAUGUGUAAAGCGCUUUGUAAAUCUUACGGCACUGUGUAAAGGCUCACUGCUCUUUACUAUUACUAUUUCCUAUGAUCCCCUCAUUUUCAGUGGAGAAGAAGGUGGUUGGUGACUUGUAUAAGCUCACACGACUCCUCUCGGUUUCAGAGCCAGGACUAGAACUCAGGUCUAACACUCAGUGCAGAAAUGUUUACAGCUGUGCCAGCUGCCUGCUCCUUCACCUCUCCUCCCCCCUCAUUCCCCUUCUCUUUCCUUUGUUUAUUAAAGAAAUCCUUGCUUCUUCCUCAUCCUCGAACCUUAUUUCUCUUCUGCUCUGGACUGCCCGGCCUCCCCAAGGCUGACAGCAGGCUGCCCAGCACCAAGAUGUAAGCGCAGGAACGCCAGGGGCAUCGGCCAGUGGAACCCUCUCAUUUUAAAGAGGAGGAAACUUACUCAGGGGCUGGGAAAGUGAGAGGCGGAUCUCGAACCCAGGUCUCUCCCCCCCAACUCUGCCUGUCCCAGGCAGCUGAUUCCUUAAUCAGCAAGCAUUUAUUAUGCACCUACUGUAUGCCAGGUGCUGGAUAGAAAGACAACCAUGAAGCCUUCAAGGAUGUUAUACUAUGUGUGUGUGUGUGUGUGUGUGUGUGUGUGUGUAUCUGCAUACAAAAAGAAAGCUAAGGCUUUGGGAAGUGGGGCAUUAAUAACUUGGGGUAUCAGCUUCAGCUGAGUCUUGAAGGGAGUGGGCGAUGCUGGGCAUAUGGGACAGACAAUGCAAAGGCAUGGAGGUGGGAAAUGGCAUUCUAUCUGGGAGGAAGAGCCAGAAGACUGCAAAGGGAGCUGGAGGACCUUUUGUAAAGGACUUUCCAAGCCAGAGGAGUUUACAUUCAACCCUAGAGGCAACAGGAGCCCCCAGAACUGAGUUGGGGAGUGGCAUGGUCAGAUUGGGGAGUUGGGAACAUCCCUGGCUCCUGAGGGAAGCAUGUUGGCGUGGGGAGAGCAGACAGCAGGUUAUUGCAGUAAUAUGAGGCAGAGGAGAUGAGAGUCUGGCUCUGUGAGGAUCCAAGACUUGGCAAUGAAUGGACCGGAGGUGGUGGUGGUGGCAUCUUCACGAUACAGGGAAAAAAAGUGGAUGUGGAGUGGCUUUUUCUGUGCAUGUAGUAGGCAGCUAGGUGGCACAGUGGAUAGAGCAUUUGGUCCAGAGUAUGGAAGACUCCAGUUUGAAUCCCACCUCAGAUGUACUUAUGGGACCCUGCUGUUCUGCCUGCCUCAGAUUCCUCAGUUGUAAAAGAUAAUAAAUCUAACUCCCAGGAUUGUUGUGAGGAUCAAAUGAGAUGAUAAUAUUUGUAAAGAGCACUCCAAUGCCUGGCACAUAGUAGGCGCUUAAUACAUUGUUUCCCUCUUUUCCUUAGUUUCUUUUGGGAUGUAUUAAUUGGCAUUCCAUGCCUCCCACAGGGGUUUGGAGGAAAGUGCUGUGUAAACCUUCAAACACUAAAGAAAUGGGUGUUAAUAUCUACAAUAAAAGGUAACCUCCAAGGCAGGA